GAAAAGAGGUCCCGUUUGAGUUGCGUGUGUUUCCGGGGUUAGCCAUGGGUGGAUUGUAAGAGCGAUAGAAAACAGUGUAGCAGCACCGAGGCGAGGGUAUAGUGGUUCAUCUUCACUGGUCCAGAAUGUCUGUGGCCAUGAGCUCGACGUGUCCAGGCCUGUACUGUGGCAGGAUGAUGGUCAAUGGAUCAGUGGAGGGAGACUGUGGUGUGUGUCCUCGUGGAGAGCGAUCCAACCUACAGAAGGUGUGUGAACGCUGCACUGAUUCGCCCGAGCUCUACGACUGGCUCUAUCUGGGAUUCAUGGCCAUGUUGCCUCUGGUGCUGCAUUGGUUCUUCAUUGAGUGGUACUCUGGAAAAAAGAGCUCCAGUGCUCUACUACAGCACAUCACAGCCAUGUUGGAGUGCAGCGUGUCGGCCCUGGUCACUCUGCUGGUCACCGAGCCGGUGGGGAUACUCAGUAUCCGCUCCUGUGGCGUCCAGAUGCUGUCAGACUGGUACACCAUGCUAUACAACCCCAGCCCAGACUAUAUCAACACCAUACACUGCACCCAGGAGGCCGUCUACCCACUUUACACGAUUGUGUUAAUCUACUAUGCAUUCUGCCUGGUUCUGAUGAUGCUGCUGCGCCCUCUGCUGGUGAAGAAGAUAGCUUGUGGUCUGGGCAAAUCCGACCGCUUCAAAAGCAUCUACGCUGCUCUCUACUUCUUCCCCAUCCUGACAGUGCUACAGGCCGUGGGAGGAGGACUGCUCUACUAUGCGUUUCCUUACAUCAUGCUGGUGCUGUCUCUGGUUACACUGGCUGUUUACAUGUCUGCCACUGAGAUUCAGUCUUUCAAACACCUGGUUGCUAAGAAGAAGCGUCUGGUCGUCUUGUUCAGCCACUGGCUCCUCCACGCGUACGGCAUCAUCUCCAUCUCCCGACUGGACAAGCUGGAGCAGGACCUACCGCUGUUGGCCCUGGUGCCCGGUCCCGCCCUGUUUUACAUCGCCACAGCAAAGUUCACAGAGCCCAGCCGCAUCCUAUCUGAGGGCGGCAACGGCCACUGAGCUGCUGCCGUCAGAAGUCCAACAGACAUCGGUGUUAGUCAUUAAUAAUCCAGUGUGUUUAAAUGUCUCAUUUAGUUUCACAAAUGAAAUAUAUUCUGUUUAGAAUGAUUGAAAGUGCAGAUGCUCCCAGUGUAGAAGCAGCAACCAGUCAGUGUUUAUAGUUUGUUAAAGAGCAGAACACUUGAUUUAUUAUCAAGUUCACAACCUGCGUUUUUACUCACAUGUCUUAUAUUUGUUUUACGUCAUCCCAAAGUGUCCUGAGGUGUUUUUUUUUUAAUCACUUUAUUCAAUGUUGUACAUAUUUUUUGUAAAAUACAGAUCAUGAUGUAAAUGGUAGAGUGAAGGUGGCCUUGUCAAUCACACCUCAUCUGGGCCUCAUGUAUAUACCAAAGUGCAAUAGAAGUCCGCCUCAGCCAGGAGACACUGAGUCUCAUUGAACCAUCACGUUACAGUGACAGAGCUGAGCAUGUUCCUGUCAUGACAACAUCCCUGAGCAUCUUUGAAAAAGCCUCCACGACUCCUCGAAUGAAAAUGACAUGAUGUUGCUUGAUUUGCACAAGACACAUUUACAAGGGUUCUUUUUUUAAUGUUAAUGUUACUUUGUUUAAUUUGAAUACACUGUGUCAUUUAUGUUUUUGUCUUGCUCAAAACAAGAGCGCAUUAAGAAGUGAGCCGGGACAGGAGAUUCAGACUCAGAGGGCUGAGGUGCUGUCUGGAUUGGUGGUUGAAAUCAUCCAAAGACAGACAGGGAUUCGAUUAGAAAUGGACCUCCACCCUCGGUCUAACAUGUGGAUGAAGCUACUGGACCAUGAAUGACAGAAAAAUGUGUUAGAAGUCUGAAGUUCAGACACUUGGCUGCAGGAGACAUUAAGUAAGAAAAUUCCCUGAGGUCACUGAAGAGUAUAGUAGGUGCUACAUCUUAGUGUCUUUUUUCAAAGGUUGUUAGGGAUUUAUCUCAUUAACAAACAUUACAAUAUUCUAAAGGCACACACUUGUGUUAGUUGGGUGGGGCAUGUUAAUAGUGCACCUGGUUUAUAUUAAGUGAACUUCCUUGUAUUUGUGUAUAGAAGCACCUGCCUGGGUUUUUGUUCAUUUUGUCCUUUUGUACCGACCCAAGCUGCGAUCCUUAAAAUGGUCUUUGUGUUUCUCAGUUGAAGCUGCUAAUGUUGUGUAUAUGUAUAUGAUUGUAAAUAUGAGAACGCUUGUAAAUAUCAGUAUAUUUGUGUUCAGUGGGAUUUGCUUCAUGCACACAAGCUCCAUUUGCAAAGAAAUGUCUGUGGGUAAUAAUAAAGUCUGAAUAACUUCUGA